AUCGCAUCCGCAAAGGCAACGAACCGCUCUCGUGGCAAGUGCAUGAAAGUCAAGGUCGGUAGUGGUGUUGCCGUUGCAUCACCAAUCCUGCAGACACCUCUAGGGAUCAACAGAACCCUGUAGCCGCAUGUCUACAAUGGCAGGCCAUCAAUCAGCCGGGCUGGCUCGCCGCUCUCUGUUUCUAUGUCGAACCUGCCGAAGUGCCUUCCUCGAUGCCCAUACCCCCAAUCUUCGACUGCCAGCCGGACAAGCGCGGUGGAUCACUAAGAGACACAUCGACAAGAUCAAAAUUGCUGAAGAAGAAUGGCAGCUUCAGGCGCGUCAAAUCCGCGAGGGAAAGAUGAAGAGCAUGAUGACACUGCUUGAGGAGAGAGGAUAUGUGAACCAAAUUGUCGGUCAGCGAGAAGAGUUUGAUGAGCUCUUGACCGCCCGACGAGUCGGAAUAUACGCAGGCAUCGACCCUACGGCCCCUUCCAUGCAUGUGGGACAUAUGGUACCCUUUAUGGCGUUGGCAUUCUUGUAUAUUCAUGGUUACUCAGUUUAUUACUUGCUCGGGGGUGUCACUGCCGCCAUCGGCGAUCCCAUUGGACGUACGACCAGUCGAGCCCAGAUGUCGCCUGUACAGCGUAAAGCCAAUGUCGCUGCCAUGCAUCUGCAACUCAAGAGAUUCGCUGCCUCGGUCGACCAAUAUGCUGCGCGACGUGGUUAUCAGAGAGAGUGGGCUUGGAAACGGUCUUUGGUCAACAACGUCCAAUGGUGGACCAAGACCUCGGCCAAAGAGUUUUUAGAGAAGCUUGGUCGAUUCAUACGAAUAGGUCCGAUGCUUGGACGAGACACGGUCAAGACUCGGUUAGAGGGUGAUGGCAUGUCGUUUGCCGAAUUCAGUUAUCCACUUGCUCAGGCCUGGGAUUGGUGGCAACUGUAUCAACGCGGAGUCCAGGUCCAAAUUGGUGGAGCGGAUCAAUUCGGCAACAUUCUCGCUGGAGUGGAAUCGGUCAAAACAAUUGCCAAAAAUGACCACGAAUAUCAGUCAGAGAAGGGGAGGAACGAGGCUAUCGAUAAACGGAUCGGCCAACGUGCUAGCGAUGAGCCAUUUGGCUUCACCGUUCCUCUUCUCACAACAGCAACGGGCGAGAAGUUUGGCAAGAGUGCGGGAAAUGCAGUUUGGCUCGACGCUGGCAUGACGUCUCCUUUCCAGCUCUACCAGUUCUUCCUUCGGUCCGACGAUGCCAACGUCGAGAAGUAUUUGAAGCUCUUGACAUUUUUACCACUCCCAGAGAUUACUCAACUAAUGCAAGAGCAUGAGAAGGAUCAAUCAAAACGGAUUCCGCACCACAAGCUCGCCCAAGAAUUUGUGGAGCUCGUUCAUGGCUUGGAGGCGGCCAAGCAAGCCGAGCAAGAACAUCGCCAGCUAUACACCAAAGGAGUUACGCUUGCUGAUAUCGCGCAAGGGAUAGAGAAGUCCCAAAAGGCCGAGAUGGAGGCCGGGCAGGUCGAACAGACCUUCAUCAACCCUCUCUUGAAUAAACAUGCACAGCCCACGAACUGGGAUACCCAACAAAACACCACCAUACAACUUCCCAGAAGCCUGGUCAUUGGGCAGCCGUUGAGUCGUGUGGUGUGGUCGGCUGGCUUGGUCUCGAGCCGUGCAGAAGGCCAACGUCUCAUCAAUGCUCGGGGUCUAUACAUGGGAGCAAAGGCGGAUGCCAAGGGAGGCAUGGACGAGGCACUCAGCUUUACACCCGCCAAAACACAUGUCUGGGAAAUCAAUCAAAAGUAUGUCAUGGAUGAGAAGCUGUUGAUUUUGCGGGUUGGCAAGUGGAAGAUGAAGAUCAUCAACAUCAUCCCUGACGACGAGUACCACGCUUCUGGACAGACGUGUCCUGGUUGGGAGACAGAAGAGCAGGGAAUCGAUGGGUCGGGAUCUGAGGUCCCUGCACCUGACGCCACCAGCGUGGGGAGAUGAGAGAUGGCGAUUGUGUCGCCGGAAUAGAUGUACAACAGUUGGUUCAUAGAGACCUGCAGCCAGGUCGUGUAUGAUUACAAGUCC